UAAAAAAUCGGCCAAGUUCUUACUAAAGGUCUUAUAAUAUUUUUAUUUUGAACGGAAUUAUUAUACACUAAACUAAAUACUAAACCAUCGGAUAUAUUAAACUACAUCAACUUUUUUUUUGUAAGACGAAUCCACUACCUACCUUACAUAAAUAUUUGUGAUAGAUGUUAAAUUUACCCAUACCAUUUAGAUCAACUUAUGUGUCAUUAUUGUUUUGGAACAAGUUUUAGUUAUGUCGAAUUUAAAUACAAACAGUGAAACAAAUGGUGGUGUUGUGCAAAACAGUGCAUUAUCUUUCGUUGCGUCCGCGCAACUUACAAAUUCCCACAGUUCUCACGGAUCGCAAGCUUGCGAUCAAAUAAACCAAACAGAUACUAUAAUGCCACCUGGAUUGAAAGCACUCUAUGAAGCAUGUUCCAAGAUUUACCCGGACCAGACAAAUCCAUUGCAAGUUACCACUAGGCUUAAGUAUUGGUUAGGAGGCCAGGAUCCCUUGGAUUAUAUUAGCAUGUACUGGAAUCCUGGCAAUCCUGAAGAGCACAUACCUCCGCACUGGCACUAUGUUAGCUUCGGCUUAUCAGAUCUCCAUGGUGAUGGUAGAGUGCACCCUGAGCCAGACACGGACCAGUGCUCCGGAUAUGGUCUGGAACUGACUCUUCGAUUGGAAGCUGAUGGUGGAAACCCUCCAGUGUGGCCUGCAGCCUUGCUGCAAGCACUCGCGAGAUACAUAUUUGCUACAGGUAAUAAGUUUUGCGCUGGUGACCAUAUAUCCUGGCAUGCUCCUCUGGACGGCUCGAGGUCACGGGUUCGACACCUGCUGGUGGCAGAAGACCCUCAGUUACAACGGACAGACACUCCCCAUGGAAGUGUCGCUUUUCUCCAGAUGGUAGGAUGCACCAGCAGAGAGCUAAGGGCUGCACAGCGGGGAUCCGGCUUCCAGGUGUUAAGGGCAAUUAGCGAAGAUCCCAUCUGCGGUGGUAAAUGGCUGGUGACACGCGUUCGCCGGCGGCGAUCAGCUCACAAGCUGACCGCUGGCUCCUGUGACAAGAUGGUGGAACUGGCUGGGGUGUCAGCGAGGGUCAACUGGAACAAGUAUCUGCCGAGCGCUGACGAGGAGUGCCCCUUAUCUCCAAGCGUGGAGCGGCAGAUCAAAGAAACCUUCCAACGUGGCCUGAACACAAUGACAGACCGAGGAUCUGAAGGUCACAAUAUGUCAACGGACAGUUUCGAGAUGUCGAGCAUGGAGAGAGCGCUGCCCCAACUGCCUGACGUAAUGCAGGGUUCCUGGCAUCAGGACAGCAUAGAAUAUCUAGACGGAGUACAUCUGAUGCUGAACAGCGAAGGUGCCAGCCUACUGCCUCUGGCUAUACGAGGAAGAAUUCUCCACAACUCCCACUUCACCUGGCGGCAGGGGCCCAGGAGUGUCACUGUUCUGACGCCCAGAGUUCUUGGAGCUUUCACAACCCCGCAGAAGCCUUACGCAGUCAGAGGCUCGUGGCUGCAAAUUCUCAUACCAAAGGAUCUUGCGGAAGACAUGGCGAAAAAAGUUUCGAGUCUCUCCAGUCUCGCGGAAAUAGACUCGGAGACCGACGAGGAAGGAGACGCGACUGUUACCACUGCGCCUACGGUGCCGUACACCAUCACCUGGCCGGCGUACAAGCUGAAAAUAUCGGUGUUGCCCGAUACAGAGUUCUUAUAAUAUACUGUUGGAACUA